UGUUAGGUCACUAGGUUGUCCCAAAACUCUUUGAUGCUUGAAAUUGAACAUUUUUUUAUUGUUACAAUAAUUCUGCAGAUUUUCUCUUUGUUCAAUUUACCCACAAAGAUUUCAGUUCAAAACUGUUCCGCUGACCAACGAAACAAUGUCUCUAUCUGUUCCUCACUUCAUCAAUGGUGUAAAGCUGCAGGUACGUGGUUCGCCAAAGGGUUUUAAGAGAGAUUGUAAAGUAUUUACAGUUAUAUCAAUGUCAAAAGAGGCAUCAAAUUAUAUACCAGCAGCUCCUAUAUUUAUCCCUGAAGGACCAUGGCAGCAGAUUCCUGGUGGUGUUACUGCUGCGAAGGGUUUUAAAGCUGCUGGGAUGUAUGGUGGAUUGCGUGCUCUUGGAGAGAAACCUGAUCUCGCACUCGUCACUUGUGAUGUAGAUGCCAUAUCUGCAGGGGCAUUUACUACAAAUGUUGUUGCAGCUGCACCUGUACUAUACUGUAAAAGCGCACUAAAUGCAUCUAAAACGGCUCGUGCGGUAUUGAUAAAUGCUGGUCAAGCUAAUGCAGCAACGGGUGAUGCAGGUUAUCAGGAUGUAAUAGAGUGCUCAAGUGCACUUGCUAAGUUACUUCAACUGAAGCAAGAUGAAGUCUUGAUCGAAUCAACUGGUGUAAUAGGUCAAAGAAUAAAGAAGGAAGCACUUCUCAACUCACUCCCACAUCUUGUUAGACAGCUUUCACCAAGCGUGGAGGGGGCAAAUUCUGCAGCUGUAGCUAUAACGACCACUGAUCUUGUUAGUAAGAGUGUGGCUGUUGAAACAGAGGUAAGAGGAACUCGAAUAAGAGUUGGGGGCAUGGCAAAGGGUUCUGGGAUGAUUCAUCCUAACAUGGCAACAAUGCUUGGCGUGGUAACUACUGAUGCCUCGGUCACAAGUGAUGUUUGGAGAAAGAUGGUACAAGUUGCUGUAAAUCGAAGUUUUAAUCAAAUUACAGUCGAUGGAGACACCAGUACAAAUGAUGCUGUCAUUGCUCUGGCCAGUGGACUUUCAGAAUCAUAUGAGAUUUCUUCUUUGAACUCCUCCGAGGCAGAACACCUACAAAACUGCCUUGAUGCUGUAAUGCAGGGUCUAGCAAAAUCAAUAGCUUGGGAUGGUGAAGGAGCAACAUGUUUGAUUGAGGUGAGGGUUGAUGGUGCUGAUAACGAAGCUGAAGCAGCAAAGAUUGCUCGUUCAGUGGCUUCUUCUUCACUUGUCAAGGCUGCUGUAUACGGUAGGGAUCCAAAUUGGGGCCGUAUUGCUUGUGCUGCUGGCUAUGCAGGGAUUCCUUUCAACGCCGACAAGCUUCGGAUAUCACUCGGAGAUAUUGUGCUUAUGGAAGCAGGGCAACCACUUCCAUUUGAUAGGGUUGCAGCUAGCAAUUAUCUCCGAAAGGCUGGUGAAGUUCACGGCACUGUUGAAAUCCAAAUAUCUACUGGUGAUGGACCAGGAAGCGGAAUAGCAUGGGGCUGUGACUUGAGUUAUGAUUAUGUCAAGAUUAACGCAGAGUACACAACGUGAAACAGGACGUGCAGCUCAAAGAUCGAAGUCUCUCCUACUAAUAAAGCAGUUCCGACUCAGCCAUUGUUAUUGGUUCUGUAGUUGUAAAAUUCAAAUGCAACAUGUAUGGAUACUGCUGGAAUCAGCAAAAUUUUGCUAGAUUGACAAGACUUACCAAAUUGUUGUUAUUUCAUCAUUUCACACAUCUGAUAAACUAGAAGCUCCAAUGUCAUGUAUCUUAAUUCUGCAUGGUGUCCGUUAUUUGUAAUAAAUUUUGUUCCAAUUUACUUCAAAGUUUUACCCCUGA